UACACACACGAUAAGUCACACAUGAGAUAACAAAAACAAAAUAAUACGUCUUAUCAAUAUCAAACUCUUUAAUGUUAUACAGUUUUAGAAAAGGAAAAGAUAAAAAGCAAGAUAAAGAACAACCAGUUUUUAUCAUGACGUUCAUUCGUCGAUAUGUCAUACUCUCUCUUUUCAUUUUUUCUAUUAAUUUCAGUGAGGAAUCGAGAAUUUUAGCGAUUUUCCCAAAUCCUGGACAUGAUGGGGAUAUUUCCAAUAAAGCACUCGUGACAAUUUUACUGGAACGAGGACAUCACGUGGAUCUCAUCUCAAGAUUCGAAAUUAUUGAAAAUGUGGAAAAUUCGUUAGGAAAUUAUACAUUUUUGUUAAAUUUCAAUGAAAUUGACGAUUAUUCGGAAUCUUGUUCGUCGAGUGAAUUUACAUCUGAUCCAGUUUGGUAUACUUCAGAGGAAUUUGGCAAUAAACUUUGCAACAUGCUCGGCGAUAAGGAGAUGCAAAAACUUUUUCGUAACUUGAGAGAAAAUUUCAAGUACGAUAUUAUUUUAAUGGAGAUUUUUGGCGCGAAAUGUUUCAUUGGACUCGGUGAAUUUUUGAAGGCGCCAGUGAUUUUGAUUUCAAAUCAAGUGCAAUUGUCCUGGAUUGAGGAAUCAAUUGUAAAUCCAGAAUCGAUAUACAUCACAAAUUGUUUUAAGGAAUUAAAUAGUGAAGCGAGUAAUAUUUUCACUCGUUUGAGAAAUAGUUUAAUGAUACUUUUCCAAAAUUAUCAAUUUUACCGUUAUACACAGAGGCAAACGGAAAUCAUGAGAAAAUAUCUCGAUCCAAAAUUGCCGGAAAUUACACAAAUGGAAAAAAAUGUUUCUCUAAUUUUAUCAAAUUCUCAUUACAGUCUAAAUUCCAUUCGUCCUUUGACAUCUGCUUUUGUUCAAAUUGGAGGAUUACAUAUUGCGGAAGACAAAAGCAAAUUAUCAUCAAAACUAAAACGCUGGAUGGAUAAGAAUACAAAAGGAAUCGUUUAUUUUGACUUGGGACCAAAAAUUUUACUUGAAAAUUUACCAAGAAAAAUGAUUAUCGCCUUUUUGGCGUCAUUUGCCAAAAUAAAACCCUUCCAAGUUCUACUGAGGGUGAAAGAUGUCGAGAAACUUCCCCUCGAACUUCCCAGAAAUGUCAAAGCAUGUGCACACAUUCCCAGAAUUCAAGUCUUAGCUCAUAAAAAUGUCAAAGCGUUUAUAACGCUGGGAGAAAAUUUUGCCCUUCAAGAAGCACUUUAUUUUGGCGUUCCUAUUAUCGGUAUAUCAUAUUCGUUGGUUCAUUCGCAAAAUCUACAAAGUCUUGUUGAGAAAUUCGUCGCCUUUGAGAUAAAUUUCGAGGAUCUCAACGAACCAAAAAUUAACGAAGCCUUGACGAUUGUUUUAAAUGUGAAAAUAAUUAGCCAACAAGCGAAACGAUGGUCAAAAAUUUUCAAGGAUCGUCCCUCAAGUGCAAAAGAAACGGCAAUUUACUGGAUAGAGUACAUAAUCGAUGGACCAAAAUCAUUCAAAUCGCCUACAAUUUUCCUCGAUUGGUAUCAAUACGAACUUUUAGAUAUUUACGCACUUUUACUAUUUUUCCUUCUAUCAUUAAUUUACUCAUUUGUACUAAUUUUAAAAAAAAUAAAAAUUGAAAACUUUUUUCUAUAAAAAAAAUCUCAAAA